AUGGACACCACGACGUCGGAUUUGACCACGGCCCGUGCCGACUUGGAAGCCAUGGCGACCGAACUCGCCAUUAUCCAUGCCCGCGCUAACGCCACCUCCGAAGACCUUGCGGCGGCCCUUUCUGCGGCAGACACGAUGCGUGCGGACCUCUCGACGGCCCAAGCAACGAUCGACUCGCAGACGAGCGAGGCGGUUUUGCUGCGCGACGAGCUCGCUUCGCUUUCGACCGACUUGACGGCGGCGCGCUCUGACGUGGAUAGUAAGACGGCCGAGCUCGCAUCGACGUCGGCGCUUCUGGGCCAGUUCAAGGACAAGGUCAAGGCGCUUCUGUCGUCGCAGGCCGCGCUUGAAGCCCAAGUCGCGUCCAUGCACGACGAGAACGAGUCGCUCGCGUCGAGCCACUCGUCGUUGAGCAGCUCCAAGGGCGCGCUGGAAGCCGAGCUGGCGGCCGCGACGGCGGCCCUCGCCGAUGCCAACGACGCCAAGACGACCCUUACGACGCAGGUCGAGACGGUCACUGCGGCGCUGGCCGCCAAGGAGGCCGAGCUUACGUCUCUCCAAGCCAUCCUUCCGCGCUUCAAGGACAAGGUCAAGGACCUCCUCGCGUCCCAAAAGACGAUGGAGGCUCAGGUCGCGGCCGCGGUGGCCGAAAAGGCGUCGAUGGCUUCGUCCCACGCCGAUGCGAUCAAGUCGCUGCGCAGCUCCAAGGCCGAUAUGGCGGGCGAGCUCCAAGAAAUGACCGCGCUCAAGGAGACGCUCAAGGGCCAGCUUCGCGCCAUGUCCAAAGAGAAAGCGUCGAUGCAGCACACGAUGCAGACGGAGAUCGACGACCUCGUCGCCAAGGUCGCCAAGCUCACGGCGAUUGCGGACGCGCACAACGAGUGCGGUACCGCCGUCCAAGACGCGCACGCAGCGCUCGCGACGGCUAACGACGAGCUGGUCGCGGCGAAUGCGACCGUGGCGGAGCUGCAAGAGCAACUGGCGGGCCUCUCGCUCUCGGAGCAGGCGCUGCACCAAGCCUUUGAGCAAGCCACGAUGGAAACCAACGCGAUGUCGCGCGCGCACGACGAAGCGGUUGCGGCGUUGAGCGCGCUCCAGAACCUCCACGGACCGCUGGAAGCCGAGCUGCAGAGCAUGACGUACAAGAACAUGCAGCUCAAGCAGGACCUCGACGUCAUGUCGGAACAAGUUACGGCGCUCGAGCACAUUUUGCAGUCGAAGGAUGGCGCGCUCGACGUGCUCAAGGACCAAUGCAAGGCAGCCCAGGCCGCGCUCGCCACCGCGCAAGCGGCGCUGGCCGAGAAAGACGCGAUCGUCGCGGCCAAGGACGCGCAGCUCGCCGAGCAAGACGCCCUCUUGAGCGAAAGCGACGCGCUCAUGGCCGAACUCGAUACGCUGCACGCCAUGUCGCGCUCGCAGCGGUCGUCGCGUGCGAUGGCGAUCGCGCUGGACCCGACGACGAUUGCGCAAGAGUACAAGAUCUUGCUCUCGGACAAUGAUGCGCUCAGCGCGAGCCAAGAGAACCUGACCGAGAUCGUGUCGACGCUCCAGGCGCAGGCAGCGGCGCGGGCGACGACGGCCGAGAUUACCGACCGCUUUGUCGCAGGCCUCGUGUCGACGCUCGGUCUGGAAGUCGACUUUCCGAUCACGGAAACGAGCGUGCUGCAGGAGACGCUCGAGCAGCUCCAGGGCUACAUUGGCAUGAUGUCGGAGGAAGCGGCGCACCACGCGCACGACCACGCGGCGUCGCUCACGACCGACACGUCGUGGCUCGAUGCGAUCCAAGAGGCCGACGAGCUCAACGAAAAUGCGGACGCGCUCCUCGACCAGGCCGAGCAGUCCAAGGCCAGCGCUCUCGAGUACCACAAGGCCCUUCUCGCGCUCGCCAAGACGCUUCUGCCGUUGGGUGCCAACGAACUCGAAGCCGCCGUCGACGCAGCAACCGACGACCUGCAAGCCGCGCCGAUGCUCCUCUCGGCGCUGCAGUCGACGCUCAAUGCCGUGGUGGCGGACGUGGCGACGCUUGUCGCAGCGUGCAACCAUGUGCGCCCGCUCCCGCAGCUGGCCGACGCUGGCGUGUGGGCGGCCGAUGUCGCGCGCGGGACGCUGGUCGACAAGGAGCUGGAAACGCGCGUGCUCUCGGCCGUGACGAGCCGUCUCGGGGACCUCGGUGUCGACAUCGGCGCCGUGCACACUCUCUUGGCGCUCGACUCGGUCUUGGAUUCGGACGCGAUUGUGGCCGCAGCUCAAGCGCGCGCGCACCACGACGCUGCGUACGUCAACGCCCUCGCACCGUUCGUUGGUGUGCAGUCGCUGCAAGCGUCCAUGCCGCAAGUCCUUGCCAUGCUCUCGGCGUCGGCGUCCCAGACAGAGACGCUGGCGGCGUUGUGCCACCGCGUGCGCGUUGCCCACGGCUUGCAAAUGGUCGAGUACCCGACGACGCAAGCCGGUGUGAUUGCGCUCUGGGAAGACACGGCCCAUGCGCUCGAGGAGGCGUCGUCGCCGCUCAAGACGCUCAACGCCUCGUCCAUCAAGGGCGACGUGGACAUGGAGCAGCUCCAUGAGAUUCUGCACCGCGUCGACGACCGCUGCGAAGCGCUUCACGGGCAGCGUGACGACAAGGCAUCGGUGCUCGUGGAUGUUCUCGGUGCCCUCGACCUCGCCCGCGAGUGCCAACGCGCCGCCAUUGCGGUGCUGGAGAAGCACAACCGCAGUUGCACGGCGCGGACCCGCGUCCAGAUUGCCAUGCAGUGCAGCGUUCAACGUGCGUUCCUUCGCUGGAAGCACAAGACGCUGCGGAGCGUCGCGGAUGAGAAGCACGCGGCCGACAUUGUCGCGCUCAAGGAAGAGCAUUUGGCGCAACUCAAGCGCGUUCAGAAGCUCAACGCAGCCGACCAAAAGCCGACCCCGAUCUCGGCCACUGUCAAGCCGACCGCGACGCCCAAGCCCAUUGUGCGCACCAAGUCGUCCACCGUCGACAUGGCCAAGGUCAGCGCCAAGGCCGCCGAGGUCGUCGACCAGCUCACGAAGCGCCGCGAGACGUCGACGGCAGCGCGCUUUGACCACUGGAAGCGACUCGCCGAUGAGACGCACCGCCGCACCGCCAACCUGGAGACGUCGAGCGGGUCGGGCAGCCAGCAGUCGACACCCCGCAUCCAGGGCCGUCGCGAUAGCCUCCCCAAGAGUAGCCCCAACCGGUUCCACGUGGCCUUCAACUCGUCGGCGAGCCGUGGUCUCUUCCCGACAACGACGCCGACACCGGCGACCGCUGCGCGCCCACGUGUAUCGAUGGGCCUGCCGUCGUACAGCUCGGUGAAAGACCAGUCGUCGACGGUGCAGAACGCCGUCGACCGCAUGAAGGACCAGAACGACCGCCUCGUGCGCAAGGUCGUGGCAGCGGCCAAGAAGAAGACGGCGACACCCUCGCCGUAAGUGUGUGUCAAGUUGUAUACAGGAUGUGCAUAGCGUAGUUUUGAAGAAUGUACUAGGCACUUAAAAAAGUACACUGCAUUUCGAUG